AGGGUGUCUUUAGUUAUCUUUUAAACAAAUAUCGCUCACUGCGGCUGCGCUCGGUGAAGAACUUUAAAGAUAAGUAGCAUGAGCUACAGGCCAGCGAGCCACUCCUACCUCGCCGCGUCAGCCUCCCAUGUCCACCGCCGCCGCUGCCCUGCUCCCGUCCCCCGGCCCGGCCAGACAGUCGCCCGCCGGCGGCCAGCAUGCCACCCUCACGGCGGACCGCGCGGCGGCGCUGCUCGCGGGCUGCGCGUCCGCGCGCCGCGCGUCCGAGCUCCACGCCGCGGCGGUGCGCGCCGGCGUCGACCGCGACAAGGCCGUCGACUUCCGCCUCCAGCGCGCGUACGCCGCGUCUGGCCGCCUCGACCUCGCCGUGGCGCUCCUCCGGCGCGCGCCCGACCCGACCGCCGUCUUCUACACCUCCGCCAUCCACGCGCACUCCUCCCGCGGCCUCCACCUCCCCGCGCUCGCGCUCCUCUCCGACAUGCUGUCCCGGGGCCUCCUCCCCACCGCGCACACCCUCUCCGCGUCCCUCCCCGCCUGCAACGGCCUCGCGUUCGGCCGCGCGCUGCACGGCUACGCCGUGAAGCUGGCGCUCUCCGGUGACUCGUACGUCGCCACGGCGCUCCUCGGCAUGUACGCGCGGGCGGGGGACGCGGCGGCGGCGCGCGCGCUGUUCGACGAGAUGCAGCCGGAGCCGCACGUGGUGUCCGUGACGGCCAUGCUCACCUGCUACACCAAGAUGGGCGCGCUGGACGACGCGCGCAGCCUGUUCGACGGGUUGCCCAGGAAGGACUUCAUCUGCUGGAACGCCAUGAUCGACGGCUACACGCAGCACGGGCGGCCCAACGAGGCGCUCCGGCUGUUCCGGCGGAUGCUGAGGUCGGACGUCGAGCCCGACGAGGUCUCGGUCGUGCUGGCGCUCUCCGCGGUGGCGCAGCUUGGCAUGACAGAGUCCGGGAGGUGGCUCCACUCGUUCGUGAAGAACAGCCCUCGAGUUCGCCUCAACGCCAGGGUCGGCACGGCGCUCAUCGACAUGUACUACAAAUGCGGGAGCCUGGAGGAUGCCGUCGCCGUGUUCAAUGGCCUGAACGAUGGCAAGGAUAUCGUCGUGUGGAACGCCAUGAUCAACGGCUACGCGAUGCACGGGCACAGCAGAAAGGCAAUUGAGAUGUUCAGUCAGUUGCGGGCGCAGGGCCUCUGGCCGACCGACAUCACCUUCAUCGGCGUUCUCAACGCUUGCAGCCAUUCCGGGCUGGUUGACGAAGGGCGCAAGUUGUUCAAGUCAAUGGAACAGGAGUACGGCAUCGAGCCCAAGAUCGAGCACUACGGUUGCAUGGUCGACCUCCUCGGCCGAGCAGGGCUCAUAGAAGAGGCGUUCGACCUUGUCCAGAGCAUGAAGAAGGUCAAGCCCGACGCCGUGAUGUGGGUGUCGCUCCUCGCCGCCUGCCGGCUUCACAAGAACAUGGCGCUGGGGCAGCGCAUCGCCGACUACCUCGUCGCCAACGGGCUCGCCAACUCCGGGAUGUACGUGCUCCUGUCCAACAUCUACGCGGCCGUCGGGAACUGGCGUGAGGUGGGGCGGGUGCGGUCGAUGAUGAAAGCGAGCGGCAUCCAGAAGGAGCCCGGGUGCAGCGCCAUCGAGGUCGGGCGGCGGGUGAGCGAGUUCGUCGCCGGCGACACGAGCCACCCGCGCACCGACGAGAUCUACGCCAAGCUGGAGGAGGUGAUGAGCGUUGUGGUGAGGGAGCACGGGCACGUGCCGCAGACGGAGCUGGUGCUGCACGACCUGGACGAGGCCGCCAAGGAGAAGGCGCUGGCGGUCCACAGCGAGAAGCUCGCCGUCGCGUUCGGGCUCAUCAGCACGCCGCCGGGGGAGACGAUCAAGAUCGUGAAGAACCUCCGGGCCUGCGCCGACUGCCACGCCGUGAUGAAGCUGGUGUCCAAGAUCACGGGGAGGAGGAUCGUGUUCAGGGACAGGAACAGGUUCCACCAUUUCGUCGACGGGGCCUGCAGCUGCGGGGAUUACUGGUGAUGCUCAACGUCAUGGCAGCUGGAUUCAGAUGCAGAGUUGUAGUCGAUCGGCAACGGGUAAAUCUGAACCUUUAGUUUCAGCUUGCAUUGGUUAGAUGGAGCUGUACUCGGUUUUUACGGCACCAGAGCUCAGUGUAUAUUGACAUGUUGUGAGAGAGAAGGGAAAAAAAAAGAGGAAUAGGAUGUCAGAGGUUGGAUAACGGUGCAAAAGCCAUCGCCACGGACAUCGGCGGGAGAUGCUGCCGCCCCCUCUGCCGUAUGCACGGACGGCCAGGGAAGUGGAGCUGCACGAGGCGGGCAUACCCCGAGUUUUCCGGCGGAUGAUGCUGUCGGCGCCGUCUUCACCCACGGUCGGGGAAGAGACGAGGCUUGAACGUCCUGCGCUGGGGCUGGUGUCCGUCUUCUUGCCAUGCCUUGCCCUCGGCAUCUCCGCGGCUCUGACCCGUGCCCGCCCUCGCCGCCAGCGCCCCGUGGCGAGGGCCGGCGAUCAUGCUGGGAGGAGUCUUGCCGGCGCUGGUCGCGGUGGUGUUAGGCUACAUGCACCUCUUCCUGCCGCGCGCGCCCUCGUCAACGUCGGCUUCGGCGCUCCCCUCUGGUGGUCAGGGGCUCUUGUGGCCUCCUAUGGUUGCACCUGGGUGUUCAUGGCCAUGGCCUGCCUGGUUGCCAUCCUUGUCGCGGGCGUCGUUGCCUUCUGGGUCUGCCUUGCUCGCGCAUACGGUUAGGAUGAUAAUAAUGUAAUAGAUAUCUCGCUUAUAUUGUUUCGUAAUCAAGCAGCAGGACGUGUAAAAGAACAUGAGUUCUCCAAUGCAUACAUUCACAGAGGGUGCAAACGUUUCAUGAA